GGCCUACGUUUGUGGUUGAGCUCUGGGUCCUCCACUGGGCCUGGGAAGAUGGUGCUGGGUGGUUGCCCAGUGAGUUACUUACUUCUCUGCGGCCAGGCGGCUUUACUGCUGGGAAAUCUACUUCUGCUGCACUGUGUCUCUCGGAGCCACUCGCAAAAUACUACCUAUGAGCCGGAGCUCACAUCCUCUGGCGCUGCCCACCCGGAGGGCUCCCCUGGCGCUCCGAGCUGGGAAUAUGGCGACCCCCAUUCUCCAGUCAUCUUUUGCUCUUACCUACCUGAUGAAUUUAUAGAAUGUGAAGACCCAGUGGAUCAUGUUGGAAAUGCAACCGCAUCCCAGGAACUCGGCUAUGGUUGUCUCAAGUUUGGUGGUCAGGCCUACAGUGACGUGGAACACACAUCAGUCUUGUGCCACGCCCUCGAUGGAAUUGAGUGUGCUAGUCCCAGGACCUUCCUACGAGAGAAUAAACCUUGUAUAAAGUAUACCGGACACUACUUCAUAACCACUUUACUCUACUCUUUCUUCCUGGGGUGCUUUGGAGUGGAUCGUUUUUGCCUGGGACACACUGGCACAGCAGUAGGAAAGCUGUUGACACUUGGAGGACUUGGGAUUUGGUGGUUCGUUGACCUUAUUUUGCUUAUUACCGGAGGGCUGAUGCCAAGUGAUGGCAGCAACUGGUGUACUGUUUACUAAAAAGAAUUGCUACUGUGGCCAAAGGAGGCAAGCUGAAUGCUCUGUCUUCUGAAUUCAUCUCUAUGGACUCAGACUCUGAUUUGCUAUCAGAUGGCUUGACUAUUACUUUCCCUCAGUGGCUGGGAAAGCUUCUUUGGACUUUGGAUUUUCAAUCCAAAUUUUAUUUUGCAGACUAGAAAUGACA